GCCAAGCAAAUACUGCGUGCAAUGCCCCGUUAGGAGAGCCGGAGGACCAUCCAUUUUUAAGUGGCGAGAGACACCCUCACCUCCAGAGCCAGAGAAGCAAUUGGGCUCUCAGGAUGAUUUCAUUCAGGCAAGCAGCUUAUCUCACUUGCUUCUUUGCUACAGUUUCCUGUGAAUGCCUGACUCAAUUGUAUAAAAAUACCUUCUUCAGAGGUGGGGACCUAACUGCCAAGUACACCCCGGAUGCCCAACACUGUCAGAUGAUGUGCACGUUCCAUCCUAGGUGUUUGCUCUUCAGUUUUCUUCCUGAAAGUUCCACUAAUGACAUAGGCAAAAGAUUUGGUUGCUUCUUGAAAGACAGUGCUACAGGAAUCCUGCCAAGAGUGUCACGGACAAAUGCAAUUUCCGGACAUUCCUUAAAGCAAUGUGGUCAUCAAAUAAGUGCUUGCCACCGAGACAUUCAUAAAGGAAUUGAUAUGAGAGGAGUCAAUUUUAACGUCUCUAAGGUAAAAAGUGUUGAAGAAUGCCAAAAAAUGUGCACCAACAGCAUUCACUGCCAAUUUUUCACGUAUGCCACUGAAAGAUUUUACAAUGCAGAGUACCAAAACACCUGUCUUUUAAAGAACGGUCCAGGAGGAACGCCCAUCAGUAUAAAGGUGCUGACUAAUGUGGUGUCUGGAUUCUCACUGAAGUCCUGUGCACUCUCAGAAAUUUUCCCAGGUUGCCGCAUGGACAUUUUCCAGCACCUCACAUUUUCAGAUGUGGACAUCGCCAGAGCUGUCACCCCAGAUGCUUUUGUAUGUCAAACCAUUUGCACCUACCAUCCCAGCUGCCUCUUCUUUACGUUCUACACAAAGGCGUGGCAUCUAGAACCACAAAGAAAUGUUUGCUUUCUUAAGACUUCCAAAAGCAGGACACCAAGUUCCCCUACUCCUCAGGAAAACGCCAUAUCUGGAUAUAGCCUUUUAACCUGCAAAACCUUACCUGAGCCUUGUCAUUCCAAAAUUUACUCAGGAGUUGAUUUUGAAGGGGAAGAACUGAAUGUGACCUUUGUUGAAGGAGUGAGUGUUUGCCAAGAGACUUGUACAAAGAUGAUUCGCUGUCAGUUUUUUACUUAUUCUUUAUGCCCAGAAGACUGUAGAGAAGAGAAGUGCAAGUGUUCCUUACGAUUAUCUUUGGACGGUUCCCCAACUAGGAUCACGUAUGGGACACGAGCAAGCUCUGGUUAUUCUUUGAGGUUGUGUAGAAGUGGGGAUGGUUCUGUCUGCACAACAAAAACAAACACACGCGUUGUUGGAGGAACCAACUCUUCUUGGGGAGAGUGGCCCUGGCAAGUCAGCCUGCAAGUGAAGCUGAGAGCUCAGAGCCACCUGUGUGGAGGGUCAAUCAUUGGACACCAGUGGGUCCUAACUGCCGCCCAUUGCUUUGAUGGGCUUCCCUUGUCAAAUGUUUGGCGCAUUUAUAGUGGCAUUUUAAAUCUGUCAGAGAUAACAAAAGAAACACCUUUCUCACAAAUAAAAGAGCUUAUUAUUCACCAAAAUUACAAAAUCUCAGAUGGCCAUGGUCAUGAUAUUGCCUUAAUAAAACUUGAGACUCCUUUGAAUUAUACGGAAUUCCAAAAACCAAUAUGCCUACCUUCCAAAGCCGAUACAAAUACAAUUUAUACUAAUUGUUGGGUAACUGGAUGGGGCUUCACAAAAGAAAAAGGGGAAAUCCAAAAUACCCUGCAAAAGGCAAAUAUUCCUUUGGUACCAAGUGAAGAAUGCCAGAAAAAAUAUAGAGAUUAUGAAGUAACGAAACAGAUGAUCUGUGCUGGCUAUAAAGAAGGAGGGAAAGAUGCCUGUAAGGGGGAUUCAGGCGGUCCCUUAGUUUGUAAACACAAUGGAAUCUGGCAUUUGGUGGGUAUCACCAGUUGGGGUGAAGGCUGUGCCCGCAGAGAACAUCCAGGUGUCUACACCAAAGUUGCUGAGUAUGUGGACUGGAUUUUAGAGAAAACACAGCCCGGUGAUGGGCAUACUGGUCUUUGAUGAAGACACUGGCAUGAAGAAGCUUUAUAGAGGUGGGAAAGAGCCCAGUUUGUAACGUAAGUUUUACAGCUUGGGUCCAAGUCAAAUAGUGAGCCUUGGGGUUCUCGUCUGCAAACGUGUGGAGAGUGGUAUCUACUUCAUGUCCUUGUCAUAAGGGCAAAAGGAGACAAUGCACACAAAAGCUGCUGAGGAGAAUGUCAUGCAGAGGUGGGCUUUCAGCAUUCAGUAACAAUCCUAAUAAUGGGAGAUAAAAAAUGAACAUUUCCGUGAUUAUUUGUUGUGAAAUAAAAUGGCAAA